AUGACCAGUGCUAAGAUGGUUAGUUACGCUGAGGUUCUGGAUAAGGCUCUUCAUGCGGAAUACUUGGAGUAUCGCAUAAGGAAGGAUAGUGCUACAAGAAGGGAUGCCAAUAGAAACAAGGGUUUCCAUGAGGGUAACAAGAGGAAGGCCCAUGAGGGGAAAAGCAGUGGCAAUGAAAAAAGGCCUAAACCCCCAACCCCGAAUGGAAAAAAUCAUAACAGCCAAAACAACAACAACAACAACUGUAACAGUCACAACAAUGUUCACAACCAUGGAAACCACAAAAACGACAAAGUUGAGUACCCCAAUUGUCAUAAAUGCUCACACCGACAUCUAGGAGACAGUCAGGAAGGCACAAACAAGUGUUACAAAUGCGGUUAG